AUGUCUUCCCCUCGUCCCGCAUCCCCGGUGAACUCACCACCCGCCUCCGGCCAGUCCACCGCCCGCCCGGACUCCCCUCCACCACCGGGCGGAGCCCGCGCCGUCAUUCGCAGACGGGCCGCUGCCGACCAGAAGGAGAAGAUUGCCAAUGCGCGGCCCAACAGCACGCGCUCGGCCGGCGCCGGCGGGAGCAGCUCGACGAUGCUGAGGCUCUACACCGACGAGUCUCCCGGUCUCAAGGUUGACCCCGUGGUCGUGUUGGUGCUGUCUCUGGUCUUCAUCUUCUCUGUCGUUGCCCUCCACAUCAUUGCAAAGAUCACUCGCAAGUUCUCGAGCUAG